UUCGCCACCGGUCUUCUGCGGAUGCCUCGUGCCCGACAUGCCUGGUCCACCGGCAACUAACCACUGUCGUUGUAGCGAGCAAACAUCCUAAAGGAAGUACAAAUCAUGCGCCAGCUUGACCACCCCAACAUCAUCAAGCUCAUUGAUUUCUCCGAGUCGCGUCAAUACUACUACAUCAUCCUCGAGCUCGCCCAGGGAGGCGAGCUCUUCCACCAGAUCGUUCGCCUCACCUACUUCAGCGAGGACCUGUCAAGACACGUCAUUGUCCAGGUUGCCAAGGCGCUGGAGUAUCUCCACGAGGAGCGCGGCGUAGUUCACAGAGACAUCAAACCCGAAAAUAUCCUGUUCAACCCUAUACCGUUUGUCCCAUCGAAACACCCCAAACCGAAACAGCCUGGCGACGAGGACAAGGUGGACGAGGGCGGGUUCAUUGAGGGCGUUGGUGCUGGCGGCAUCGGUCAUAUCAAAAUCGCCGACUUUGGUUUGUCCAAGGUCGUCUGGGACAACCAGACCAUGACGCCUUGCGGUACGGUGGGAUAUACGGCGCCGGAGAUCGUCAAAGAUGAGCGCUACUCCAAGUCGGUCGACAUGUGGGCGCUCGGCUGUGUGCUGUACACCCUGCUCUGCGGUUUCCCGCCGUUCUACGACGAGAGCAUCGAAGUGCUGACCGAAAAGGUGGCCAAGGGCCAGUUCACCUUCUUGUCCCCGUGGUGGGAUGACAUCUCCAAGAGCGCCCAGGACCUCAUCUCCCACUUGUUGACGGUCGAGCCGGAGAAGAGGUACACCAUCCGGGAAUUCCUCGCGCACCCUUGGGUCCGUGGGUCCGGACCGACCCCACAGGAGGAGCGCAAGGCACAGCGGGAGGUACUGCGGGCCUUCGACGCGUCGCGGUUGGUCGACGGAGCGGCGCGGUACGAUUUCCGAUCGCCCGGUGCCGUCAACCUGCGCGAGGUCUUCGACGUCGGUUACGCCGUGCAUAGGCAGGAAGAGGAGGGUAAGCGGCGGAAGCAGGUUGGCGCCAAGACCGGGGCGCCGGCGCAGGUACUCAGCGGAUUGAACGAGGCGUCGGAAGAAGACGAGGAUGAGGCCAUGGCGGACCGGCACGAGGCCGAAUACGUCCACAACGCGUCGCAGCAGGGAACGCAGGGCCUCGAGCAGAGCAUGCGCGACGCUCACAUCAAGGAUCAGCAGUACGAGCGGCGCGGACGCGAGCGCGAGAGGCAACCUCCGCCGGUGCAGGUGCAGCAGGAGAAGGGCUACGGGCAGCACUCGGCGGCUGUGGCGGCAGCGGCGCGGCAGCAGGUGCGGGACCGUAACAAGCAAAAGGCGCCAUUCGAGCUGAACCUGGACGGAGCGACACUUCUGGGACGGAGGGCGAAGCUGAGUCCGGGCCAAGUCGGAGUUGGGGGAGCAUAGGAUGCAUCUCUCAGUUCGGCCUCGAACGCGGUGGACGGCUCAAAGGCAGACGUCUCAGAGGUGGGUGUCUCGAAGGCGGACAUAUCUCAAAGUCAAAGUCGGACGUCUUAGUCCAGCCGAGCCAGUCAGCCUCUGUCUGCAUGAUGGAUGCCGCUGAAACGCACGACACAGCGGAGACUUUGUGUCCACGGAUGCUGUAUUUUCUCUUCUUCUAUUUUUCUUGUCUUUUUUUUCUUUUUUUCUUUUCUUUUUUCUUUUCCCCCCUCCCUCCCCCGCAUCGUCUCCUUUUCUUUUUGUAUCUGGUUGUGUCGGUGCAGAGAAGGACAUGGCUGGAUGGAGGCCACGCAGCCUUUCUGGCAUUAUGCAUACAUUGGUUCGGAGUUCUGGGCACUGAAGACGCGAAGGUCAUCUAGGCGCUUUUAGUGAGUUUUCUGAGUUGACGAGUUAGUGCAGUCUGAAUAUGUUACUUGAUCUCCAUUGUGAUGUGA